GGGAUCCACCUGCGGGCACCUGUCCCUAUCCCUGCCCCUGUCCCUGCCCCGCACCCUGGCUCCUCCCCGGCCGCGCCGCCCGCUCCCGGCUCCCUCCGCCGCCUUCCAUCCCGUGCCGAGCCCCAGAGAACAAGGAACAGAAGUAUCCUCCUGUGAUUUAUUUGUCCCUAAGCCUGGGCAGAGCUGCUGAGAAGAGCUGGGCGAGGAUGGACGGGACAUAAAGCCAAGCAGAAGUCCUGGAGCCUUAGUCACCAGUCUGAUGGACUUUCAGUUCACACUUGACUCCCCGACACUUGAAUUGUUUUUGUACUGUUGACAAAGGAAAAAUGACCUCUACUCUAGGUCCACCACCGCCAUACUACGAGAACAGGGGCUUCCAGCCCGAGCCCAUCUACGCUGCCAGGCAGGCAGCAGGUGCUAACCCGUACCCACAGUUCUUCUCCACCGGCGCUCCCUCCGUGCCAAGCUACGUCCCAAGGGUGGCCACCCACCAGUCCACCAGGCCAGCGCCGCACCCGCCCAGGAGAACGUGUGCAGCCAGUCUAAGGAAAACCAUAAUAAUAAUAUUAUCUAUAUUAAUAGUCAUUUGUUGUGCAAUCGCUGCUUUCUUCAUCUGGUAUUUUCUGGAGAACCACUGUCUCAGCUCCCUGAUCGAGUGUGGAUCCUCAGGGGUGUGCGUGUCCCCCUCCCAGUGGUGUGACGGAGUCAGCGACUGUCCCAAUGGGGAGGACGAGACCCGCUGUGUUAGACUUUUUGGACCAAAUUUUAUCCUGGAAGUUUAUUCACCUGUCAGCAAAUCCUGGUAUCCUGUUUGCCAAGAUGACUGGAACGAUGAUUAUGGGAAGAUUGCAUGCAAAGACAUGGGCUACAGCAUGGAUACCUAUUUCUACAGUCAUGGGGUAGCACCUGAAGUCAGCUUCAAGAGCUACAUGAAGCUGAACACGAGUGCUGGGAACAUAGACUUGUACAAAAGGCUGUACAACAGUGCUUCCUGUGCCUCAGAAAAUGUGGUUUCUCUGCGCUGCAUAGAGUGUGGCCUGUCCAGCAAGAGCGUGCACACCAUGAACAGGAUCGUGGGUGGCAGCGGGGCCGUGCUGGGGCAGUGGCCGUGGCAGGUCAGCCUGCACGUGCAGGGCACCCACGUCUGCGGGGGCUCCAUCAUCACCCCACGCUGGAUUGUCACAGCAGCACACUGUGUGGAAGGGCGACUUUCCGACCCACAUAGCUGGAAGGUUUAUGCUGGGAUUCUGAAUCAGGAUGAGAUGCUCUUUAGAAGUGGGUACAGAGUGCAACAGAUAAUUUCCCAUCCAUAUUAUGACACAGACUCUAAAGACAAUGAUGUUGCCCUCAUGAAGCUGGAGACACCACUGAGUUUUACUGAAACUGUGAGGCCCGUUUGUCUGCCCAAUCCAGGAAUGAUGUUCCAGCCUAACCAGCAGUGCUGGAUAUCAGGGUGGGGAGCAGAGUACCAAGGAGGUAAAACAUCAAAUAACUUGAACUUCGUUGCGGUGCCCUUAAUAGAACGUUCGAGGUGUAAUGCUGUUUAUAUCUACAAUGGCAUGAUUCUGCCUACAAUGAUCUGUGCUGGAGACCUAGCAGGGGGAAUUGACUCCUGUCAGGGUGACAGUGGAGGUCCUCUGGUGACUUACCACCACUCUGUGUGGUGGCUGGUUGGAGAUACCAGCUGGGGCACCGGCUGUGCCACUCCCAACAAACCCGGAGUGUACGGGAAUAUGACUGUGUUUACAGACUGGAUUUAUAAAAAUAUGCAGGCAAACAGAUGACAACAAUCUCCUUGCUAAUGGAUGUUCCCGAGGACAAGAAUAAACGAAGCCAUGGGGGCCUGGGAUAUUUAUUCACUUUGCGGUUGAUUUUAUUCUUCCUCUUUGAUCUUUCUUUUUAAAAGCAACAUGAAGGAUUGCACACUUGGUUCUGUGCUGGCUACAGUGACGGACCUUAAUCAGUGAAGGAUUAUCACAAUGAGCACCUUUCUUCUCCUUGUGGUGCCUGGCAGAGCCAUUCUGUCAACUGCUAGCUGAAAUGUCUCUCUCUUGUUGGGUAACUUUCGCUUGAUGAUCAGGCUUAUAAUGACAAUUUAAAUCACAAUUUUAAUUUCAGAUUUUCGUAGCAGGGUGCCGAGACAGUUGGUUUAGUGGUUUUUUAAAAUUAAAUGUUAAGUAAUGUGAAUGUUGAAUCUCCGAGCUGCUGGUUGGCAAUUUAAAAAGAAAUUAAUGUGGGGGUUUUUUUUGUUUUUUUUUUUUUAGUAUAGGAUUACAAAAUGGUUUGGGUUGGAAAGGACCUUAAGGAUCAUCCAGUUCCAACCCUGCUGCCAUGGGCAGGGACACCUUCCACUAUCCCAGGUUGCUCAGAGCACCAUCCAACCUGGCAUUAAACACUUCCAGGGAUGGACAGUCCUCAGCUUCCCUGGGCAACCUGUUUCAGUGCCUCACCACCCUCACAGGGAAGAAUUUCUUCCUAAAAUCUAAUGCAAAUGUGCCCUCUUUCAGUCUGAUGUCACUACCCCUUGUCCUCUCACUCCAUGUCCUUGUCCAAAGUCCCUCUCCAGCUCUCCUGUAGGCUCAUUAGGGACUGGAAAAGGUGCUGAGGACUCCCCAGAGCCUUCUCCAGGCUGAAGAACCCUUCUCAGCCUGUCUCCAUAGCAGGGGUGCUGCAGCCCUUGGAACACCUUUGUGGCCUCCUCUGGACUCGCUCCAACAGGUCCAUGUUGGAGAUCCCAGAGCUGGAUGCAGUAUUCCAGGCAGGGUCUCAGGAGAGCAGAGGGUGAGGGAUAUAUAUGAAGGGAAUUUUUCAUGCACUACAGUACAGGCACAGAAAAUGAAUUAAAAAAAAUAAAUCCUGUACAUUCAGGUAGUUAAAAAUCCUCAGGAUCUCAACACAGCCGUCAGUCAAAGCUGGACUAUCACAGUCUGGCUGCCUCAGACCUUACAGAAAGUGCUGUUCUGCCUUAAGCUGCUCUGAACCCAAAACGGGCGCUUUGUCGAUGUGGGAUUUGGACAGGGAUGCCCUGGACAGGGAUGCCCUGGACAGGGAUGCCCCAGAGCUGCAGCAGGAAGAGUCUCAGUGCUGAGGUCCCUGGCUGAGAACGCUGAAGGUGACUUUUGACCUCUCCCUGGUGUGAAAGGAGAAGGGCAAAGCCAGGCUGUGCUGCACCUGGAGCUGCACACACACACACACACACACACACAGACUGGAUGUUUUGUACAAGGAAACACAAAGCUGCGUUUCUGCGGGACGAGAUGAACUACCUCAUUUGUUAAAUUUGGCUUCUGAUUCCUUAGAGCUCUCCUUUGCGUAUCUGCCUGUAUGUUUUCAGCAAAAUGUAAUUCUUAUCAGAGUGCCACCCCAACGAGGGUUUUGGAAAUGAUUUAUAAUCGUGGUAGAGGAUCAAAAAGCCAUAUCAAGUCACUUUGUUAAGAAGGAUAAAUCUUUAUUGAAUGAAAUGACACUACUAGUCUUGUUUUCUCUUUUGGUACUGAAAUGCAAUUAUUAUGUAAACACUGCACCAAAUAAAUGGUUUGGUUUUUUUUUUUUUUUAAUAGUUUUCCUU